UGUCAACUUGACAUGUACUUCAAAAAAUGUCAACAAAUUAACAAAUAAACGUCAAGUUUAUAAUAAGAUGAAGUACUUUAAAAUUGUGCUUAUCGAUUAAAUUAUUCAUGGGAUCAGGGGGCAAUUAUAUCAAAAUUUGAUACGGCGCUCGAAAAUACUCUGCUCAUGAUGGUGGAUUACGAGAAAGAGGAGGCCACAAACUUGCAAAAGGAAUUCGAAUGGGUGCUUAAUCAGGAAGUACACAAAGGGCUUGAUCAAAUUCAUCAAAUACUUGUGGAAUGUGCUAGAAGAUUCCCAGUGGCACUUUAUGGGCAUGACAACUCAAGCAAACAAGAUAAGUUUGUUCUUUCAGUUCCGGCAGAUCAACUUAAAGUUGUUGUUACUCUUACAGGAGACAGUAUUACACAUGCAGACAUAAAUUUUAAGGUAACAAGGCAAAAUACAACAAGUAUGGUAAAGACUACCAUAAACAGUGACAAUCCAUGGAAACUGCAACAGGUCCAAGAUGCAGCAAAUCAUCUACAGCAGGCAAUUUACCACAUUGAUGAUGUUGGAAAACAUUAUAAGUUUAAGUCCUCAGAUGAGGUCCUCCAUAUAUUAGGCAAUAUACUCACCAGUCUGCAAAAAGGCAGGACUAGUCUAAUUGUGCCUCGAAAGAAAACCAUUUAUGAUCUACUUAGAAGUCGCAAUAUGAAAUCCUUGCAGCCACCAUUGGCUGAAGAUCUGGCAAUAAGUUUUUACAUCCAAAGUCACAAACUGGUGUUUGUGAUGUAUCAGCUGAUGAACAACCAAGGUGUGAUGACUCCAGACCCAACACCUGCAGAAUGCUCUGUUCCUUGGCUGAAUGAAGUGUUAGUGCUGUUUACUGUUGGAUUACAGUUGUGUCAGCAACUCAAAGAUAAGAUCUGUGUAUUUUCUCAAUACAAGGACUUCACAGUUGGUUCCAGACCUAGCAGUCCUCCACAUGUUCAUUAGUCUAGAAAAAUGUAGAUCUUAAAUUAGAGAAUUCAAAUCUUAUGCUUGUUUCAUAGUAUUUGCAGCAGGUUUUUUUGACGACUAUCUAGUGAUUUUAUUUAUUUAACGUGAGACGGAUUUUUCUGAUCUCGAAAUGCAGUAUUCUUUUUAAAUAUGUGUAAGUGUAGCUGCAAAUGCCAUGGAAUUGUUACCAAAAUGUCAAUUUAAUAGAGUUGAGUAUUAAAUAUAAUACUACGUUGCUGUUGCAGAAAAUAUACUAUCUUUUGUCACAUUAACAAAAUUGUCUAUUACCGCGGUUAUUUUUCGUAUACUUUGGAUAUUCAUGUUACUUCAUAUGUAGUAUACUCGCCAAUAACGAUUUGCUUCAGGAUAGGUUUAAACAAGAAGAAAUAUGUAAUGUACAACAUAUACAGGCAUUUAAUGCUCAAUAAACGUUUUAAUUGCACCUACAGACUUAUCGGAAGUUUAAAAUUGGAAAAUGUUUAUCGUAAGUGUGUUGUUGACAAUGUGAAAUAAAGUUGCCUAUUAGGAAUACGCG